GUCUGUUUUAACACUCUCACCGGACCGCUCGGUGGAUCGAUCGGUGGAAGAACCGGGACGUAUACGCGUGUCAUCGUCGAUCGUCAAUCGUCUACCUCGAAGAAGACGUGGAAAAGGAAGAGUAGAGAAAAAGAGAGAGGAAGAAAGACAGAGAGAGCCAUGAGACUAGCAGCAGUCCUGACGUUGCUGUGCUGUCUGGCGAUAGGAGCACUCGCCUCGCCGGUGCCUAAGAUUGCUGACAACAAGGUGUUGUCAACGCAGAAUGUCGUUGCGACCGGCAGGGAAAGGCCUGCGGCGCCAGCCGCCACCGAUGAUGAUGAUGACGACGACGACGACGAUGACGACGACGUCGAUAUAGAUAUCACCGAUGAUGAUGAUGAUGAUGACGAUGAUGACGACGACGAUGACGACGACGACGAUGACGAUGAUGACGGUGAUUAUUUGGAGCGUUUCAUUGAAGACAUACUUGGAGGAGAGGAAGAUGAUGAUGAUGACGAGGACGAAGCUUCACCGGCACCUGUUCCUUCCGCCGUAACACCUCCACCUACCCCCGUCAAUUCGCCACAGGUGCCGCUUGCCGUGGCGGCUGAUUUGAAUCAGGCCAGCGAGGAAGCUGCGGAGGAUGUCGCGUCAAGUGAAACGGCCGAGGAUGAUGCCGGCAGCUACGAGGAUGAGGCGGGUGACGCUGCCGAGAGCCAGGCUGCAUCCAACAUUCACGAGACGACGUUCGAAGGUGCCGAGUCUGUCUCGAAUCCGGUAGUCCAGGCCGUUCCCAGCGUUGUAGCGGCUGCUCCGACUAGCGAGGACGAUGAUGAUGACGAUGAUGACGACGACGAUGUAGAUCUAGAUAUUACGGACGAUGAUGAUGACGACGACGACGAUGACGAUGAUGAUGAUGAUGACGACGAUGAUGACGACGACGAUGUGGAUGAUAUCACCGACAUCGCUGACGCUAGGCAUGCACGUGCCAUGGACUCCGAUUCGAGUGGUCACGUGCCAGCGAUUUAUGUAGCAAAAUAUAAUCGGUUCGUCGACAAUAUUCUCGGCAAGAUCAACAAUAUUCUGCGGACCAAUUAUGAACCGGUGACUGUGAAAUUAACGAAUUCAAAUUCAAGCUCCAAGAAGAACAAAAACAAGACUAAGAAGAAAGGCACUAAAAAUGGUACCAAGAAGAGCGCCUCAAGGCCGAUCGACACGUCCGCUGUCACUGAAAAGAGUGACAAUGAAAAUAAUAUCGAGAAAGUCACGCAGACCAUUGAAUCUGUACCACAAACAAACGAAACGGAAAAAGAACCGAUUUCAUUGGAAUCUCGUGCAGAAAUGAGAGCUAAUAAUAGACGUAUGACGAAUAAGAACAAUAAGAACUUUAACAAAAAUCGCAAACGAACGAAAAAUAAGACGAAAAAUCAAAGCAGCAAUAAGAAUAAGACCAAGUCUAAGAGCAGACCAAAAGCGAGAGCCACUCUGUAUGGAUUGGCCUCCUUGCAGAGGACGGGCGACGUAUCGGUGAACAUGAUGAGUGAUCACACGACAAUUAAGACUAAGUUCAGCCUGGGACCGCUGGUGCUGAAGGUCGAGAAAGAGUUUGGCAGGGCCGCGAAAAAGGAGCUGAGGAGUGCGACCGCUACUACAGCCGAGAUGUCUGGCAAGCUGAGCCUCCGUGUGUUGCACGGCGGUGCGGCGACGUUGCAUUCUAUUCGAGUUUUGCAACCUAAACAGGUUCGAGUGGAAAGCCAAGACGAUCAUGACCGAACGCGGGAGUUUGUGUGGAAGAGAUCGUCGCAUAUCGCGCAUUUGGUGUCGCAGAAACUUUCCUCGGCCACCAGGUCAAUGCUUCGACCGCCGCCUGUUUCACCUUGCAAAAUGGUUUCGUUAGUGGCAAGCGUCAGAGCUACGAGCUCUCUUUAUCAUUUCUGCGCUUGUACCGCAAGGACAUUGACUACGAGCGCGAUGCCAAGUCCUAAGGACGAGGCGAAAGAAGUGAUCGUCAGUUACUUGGAUGGCAAAGACAAUGGUAUUGCUGUAUUAGGAUUAAACAGGCCUGCCGCUCGUAACUCUUUCGGAAAGACCUUGAUUUCUCAGUUGAACGAAGCGCUGACCUCUAUUAGGCAAAACAACAAGUUGAGAGUGCUGAUAGUACGCAGCCUGGUCCCAAAAGUAUUUUGCGCUGGGGCAGACUUGCGAGAGAGAUUUAAAAUGGACAAUUCUGAGGUUCUGCGAUUCGUGUCCUCGCUGAGAGAGCUUAUGACCGACGUGGAGACCCUGCCAACACCGGUGAUAUCGGCCAUCGACGGUACAGCAUUGGGCGGAGGAUUGGAGCUCGCGUUAGCCAGCGAUAUCAGGGUAGCUUCUUCCGAAGCGAAGAUGGGCCUCGUCGAAACUAAAUUAGCCAUAAUCCCUGGCGCCGGUGGAACGCAGAGACUUCCGAGGAUAAUCGGAGUAGCCAAGGCUAAAGAAUUGAUCUACACCGCACGGAUUCUGGAUGGUGAACAGGCGCUGCAAAUCGGUCUCGUGAACGAAGUAGUUUCACAAAACAAGAUCGGCGAUGCAGCUUACCAAAUGGCUCUUUCAAUCGCGAGAGAAAUUUUACCCAACGGCCCCAUUGGUGUUAGAUUGGCGAAAGUAGCGAUAUCUAAAGGUAUGGAGGUCUCUCAGGAAGACGGUAUGGAGAUCGAGGAACAAUGCUAUAGCAAGAUUGUGAAUACGAAGGAUAGAAUCGAAGGACUCGCCGCUUUCGCGGCGAAGCGCGUUCCUAUCUACCAAGGAGCGUAAAAAUUCGCGCCAUAACAAGCACUUAAUUCAUAAAUGGAGAACAUUUUGUAUGCGUUUUAUAUCGCAAACUACGUAUUAACUCUGCUAAGUGAUACGCACAUAAAUGCAUUUACGCGCAUUGUAAAACGGAAGUUACCUACAAUGGUAAGAAAUUAAUACCAAAAGAUUAUGCAAAUUGCAACAACAGCUGUUGCAGCAUUAACCUUACUCGUUUGCAUAUGCUAAUAAAAUGCUUUUAUACUUUGUUAGCAGCGGAAAAAAAACAUUCUACGUCAUACUGUUGUCUUCCAAUGAAUAUCGUAACAUUUUUUUCUUAUUAAUGUUAUUACCGUUUAAUUUAUAUGUUUAAUGUACAUAUGGAUGUGUAGAUGUAAUCGUGCGCGGUCGUGUACAUGUAUGCACAAGCUAAUGAGAGUAGAAUUGUUUCAAAUAAAAAAUAAACUAUAUCCAUGUCAAUAACGGUUUUAUUUAACAUUUACGACUUGUGUGUAUAUCAAGGUAGUAAAACUAGAAAAGAGCAUAUGUACAAAUAUAUUUUUAAGUGUGCAUGAAAACAGUUGUGCUUAGAAUUAGUGCUGAAAAAUUUUCCUUUGGAAACUACAGAGUUACAAAUACUGCACUUCCACUGUUAGGAAUGUAACAAUGGAUAAAAAAUGAAAAAUAAAAAAUGGAACGAAA